UUUUCACAUGUUCUCCUGUGAGCAGGGCAACCGGUGGUACAGCUUAGCACAGAUCCUUCCUGCCAUUUAGGAAGCGCUUUGAAAAUGCUCAUCAAGAUUUAGCCUCUCUCUGGGUAAACAUCACUUUUGUGUUGUACUCCGGUGGGGGAGGAAUUUCCUCAAACCGCCGCCGCCCUGUCAAUUAUAAGCACCGGGCAAAACCUCGAUCCCGGGCCAUUUGGAGCGAGCGAGAGCGACACAAGUCAGGCUGGACAUGAGCUUAACGUCUGGAUCGGAUGUGACUUCAUACCUUGGAGUCAUACCUGUGUGGCAGGAGAUAAAUGAGAAGAGCCCCAGACAGGAUUUUUUAGGCUUAUCAGAGGUCUAGGUUGCAGGUGUCACUGAAACACCUUUUGCUGAACCUGUUCUGUCGUCUGAUCGCAUCUGAGUCGAGUAUCCGACUCGACCAGCCGGUGUUUUUCCAACCGUUGGCGCUUGUAAGUGACUGAGACUGAAUUCAUCUCGCUUAGGCCUUUGCAACUCCAAAUUAAAACCCACACUCAGGGGUAGAGUACAUGCCAGUGUUGCUGUUGUAUUCCUUGAAUUGCUGUUAUUGCAGGUUGUAUAAUCCUGUUUUACUUUUAGGUCUUUGGAAUCUGAGGCGCUAUCACUGAUUCAGACGCAGGAGCCGGGGACCAAACUUUGACCUGCAGAUCAGUCUCACUGAGUCAUGAAAUUGGGAUAACAGGUCACUAGUUUCUGUUUUCAUCCAGAGGCAGCUGUCACUCCGAGAAGGACGGGUGGAUAAAUCACUGCACUCCCAAGGAUCCUUACCCGGGACACUGCUGCAAUCAUGGGGGAAUGGGGCUACCUCGGCGGUCUCUUCGACACCCUCCAGGCCCACUCGCCGAUGCUUGGCCGUUUCUGGCUCUUGCUCAUGCUCGUGUUCAGGAUUCUGAUCCUGGGAACCGUCGCCAGUGACUUGUUCGACGACGAGCAGGAGGAGUUUGCCUGCAACACCCUCCAGCCGGGCUGCAAGCAGGUGUGCUACGACAUGGCCUUCCCCAUCUCCCAGUACAGAUUCUGGGUGUUCCACAUUGUCCUCAUCGCCACGCCGUCUCUGGUCUUCCUCAUGUACGCCAUGCACCACCACAACAAGAGGGAAAGACGCUCCCAAUCCAGCAGCCAGCAGCAGAGAGAGGACCGGCGCAUCCGGAGGCUCUACAUCGUCAACGUGGCCUUUCGCUUGGUGGCAGAAGUUGGCUUCCUGGUGGGCCAGUGGAAGCUGUACGGCUUCAAGGUGGAGGCCCAGUUCCCCUGUAGCCGCUUUCCCUGCCCCUACACCGUGGACUGCUUCGUCUCCCGCCCUGCAGAGAAGACCAUCUUCCUCUGCUUCUACUUCGCUGUGGGGGUGAUAUCAGCCGUUGCCAGCUUAGCCGAGUUUCUCUACGGCUCCAUGAAGUGGUUUUGCACGGGCCGGAAGCCCUCCCACGUAGAGCGCUCCUGCGAUUGCCAGAACUGCCAGAACCUCAAAAACUGCAAGCAAGAGGAGGAGGAGGAGGAGGAGGAGGAGGAGCAGCUGGCCAAAGGAAGGCCGGGGUCACAGAGUGCGCCCGGCAGCGUGAGGCUGAAGGGAGGUUUGCAGAGGAGCAGUCGAAAGGUCUCAAGCAUCGGCCACAAGCACAGGGGCGGCAAACAUGUGAGCUGCAGGACAUUCAUGGUGUGAGAGAGAGAGAGAGAGAGAGAGAGAGCCUUGGGGAUGCAGGUCGUCUUUCUCUUUGUUAAUUUAUUGUUAAGUAUCUUUCUAAUUCCUGUUAUUCAAUUCAUUUCACUCUUAAAGAGCUGAGGCGUGGCUUAUGAUGUGAGACGUCAUGAGGAAAUGCUCGAGAGAAAAGACUGAUGAUAGAACGGAUGCGUGCCAGAUAUUUGUGUGUCGUUUGCUUCAGUUAGUCAUAACAGACGACAAAGGACAGAGCGGAGCACACUGUGUAACAAUGACUUGAUCUUUGUUUUAAAGAGACCUGAUUGCACAUCCCUGUAUCACAUCCUGUGAGAUGGGAAACAAAAACCCUGAAGCAGUAUUUAGAGAACACUCUGUCAUUCUAGUGGUUUUGCACAUUGAAUUUAUAAAUGACAUUAACUGUCUCUGAAACCGGGAAACCACCUUUAUUUAAAUUCCUUUUUAGGAAAUAUGCUUAUUCACUUUCCUGCAGCAGACACAGUUUGUCAACUUGAAAGACUGGAGUUAGGAAACUUCAUGUGGAUUCAUGAGGCGAUAGAGAGACACUAAACAUUUGUGCACUGAUUUUACUAAGGUCUUACGUUUGUCUAUCUACAUUGAUCAAUGUAAGAUCGACCAUGUUUGAUGUUUUGGUACAACUUUAUAACAAUACACCAUUUACAAUAAAGGGUUUUAGCUAACUGUUAUCGUUAAUAGUUAGAAAUGUAUUUGAUAAAACUUUAAAGAUCGUUUCAUUAGCCAUAAUUAAAAUCAACUUUUGCAUUACCAGGUUGUGAAAAGUGCCUUUUUGACUUUAUUUUUAACUUGUUAAGCAUCAUGAGCAGCGCACUCAUUGUAGUAU